AUGUUCGCAACACACCCAUCCACACCUUUCCGCCAAACCUCCCACUACACCCCAACGCGCCCAUCCCCCCUAGGCCCCCGAAACUCCAAUAUCGCAACUCCCCCAUGGACAAUGGGAUCCCCCACACGCGCCGGAUCCGGACAUCCCCAAAAACCAACCGGCGCGCAAGAGAACGCUUUCUCCCCAGUACCCUUCUCUUCUUUCUCGCCACACAAUGAUAGCCACCAAACACAGCCGCAAAAACAGCCUAUCUUCGGUGCACCUGCCGUGUCUACACCCUUCAACUUCUCUCCAACCAAUAACAUGAUGUCUCCGGCCUCUCCUUCCCCUUCUACACGCGCGACCAAGUUCUCGGACCGCUACGCGAAUCAGGUUGCCAAUCCUAUGAAGACGUCUACUUCGCUUGCGCGCUCAAAGACGCGGAAGAUGUAUAUGAAUCGUGUUAGAAAUGAGCGUGAUGAGGGUCGGUUUGAGGCUCGUGGGGAGCAGAUGAUGCAUGCGGAUUAUCUGGCUGAUAAGCGUCGGUGGGAAGAGAGUAUGGUGCGGGAUAUGGAUGUGCCGACGGGAGAUAUGGAGGAGGAUGAUAUGCUUCCUGAUGAUGAUACUCGUGCUUUUGAUGAGUUUGUUUUUCAAGAGGAGGCGAUGGAGAUGGCUAUGCAGCAGUCUGGGGAUCAGAAUGGUUGUUUCAGUGAUGAUGAAUAUGAUGACAUUUUUAUGACGUUGCCUGAGCCUACGCUUGGCGAGAGUCAGGACAUGGAUAUGUCAUGA